AUGAACGAACAAAACAAGCCGCUCCUUACCAUUCACGAUCUCCUAGCGCGCGUGGCGCCACAACUACAACGUACCGAUUUACCAAUUACCAUCCGAAUUCUCACCUAUAUCGCCGCUGGCCGUGGACUGAUGGCUCAACUCUAUAUAGACGGGCCGGUGAAGUGUUUAACAAUGUUGGGUGGUGUAGGCCUGGGGCCCGUCAAGCCUUAUUUUUGGCGGUUAUUGAUUACAAUUUUGCUUAUACAGCAAAUUAUUUCAGUUAUAUUCUGGCUGUUUGCAUUCAGAUUUUUCAUGCAUGCCGUGGUCUGCAUUCCGAUCCUCUUUCUGCCCACGUCACUUACACAAGAUUGGGAGAAGAGCUUGUACAUUUCUUCGUGGAUCAUCACUGCCACUGCGUUGCCAGGUGUUGUCUCUUAUAUAUGGUUUUCGUGGAAGAAGUUGGAAGGAGAGCUAGAAAAUCUUAUAGAGAGUCACGCCGUUCAAGAUUGA